GGGUUUGCUUCUGAAAGGCGAAAGGGAACAACAGGACCGCAGAGAAGGGACAGCAGGGAAAAGCCGUGCAGAAGCCGGAUCCCGGGAAGGUCUUCCUCCACUAGAAGGAGAAGCCUGCCUUCAUAGGCAAGCAAAUAAAGGCAUCUGUUCACAGAGGUGACUUAAGAGAAGGGGAAGGAGAUGGAAGAGCAGGACCCAGAAAGACCUGGAAGUGGCAUGACAGCAAGGAAAAGCUCCAGUCCCCUCCAACCUGAAAGUGGUGUUGAUUUCUGGGAAAGAGCUGUGCCAGAGAUCUUGGCUAAGGACAUCAAAACCUCAGAUGUACAUUGCCAACACUUCCGGCAGUUCUGCUACCAUGAGGCUUGUGGGCCCCGAGAGUUUUGCAGCCAGCUUCAUGGACUUUGCAGUCACUGGCUGAAGCCAGAGAGGCACACCAAAAAGCAGAUUGUGGACCUGGUGAUCCUGGAGCAGUUUCUGGCCCUCCUGCCUGAGGAAAUGCAGUGCUGGGUCAGAGAAUGUAGGCCAGAGACCAGUUGCCAGGCGGUGGCCCUGGCUGAAGGCUUCCUUCUGAGUCAGGCAGAGGAGAAGAGGCAGGCAGAACAGAUGCAGGCGAUAUCUGUGAAGACAGAAGCAACAUUCCCUGAAGCAGAAGUAGCUUUCUUCGAGCAAGGACUGAGUGCGGAGGUCAUGGAGCAUGCCCAAGAUGCCCUCACCUGUGUAACAGGCAGUGAAGAGAUGCUGUUGGGCUGUCAUCUUUUUAGAGGUGUGGAAGCGGCUGCUGCACCUCCAGUCCAGUGUCCCUUUUCCUUUGAGGAGGUGUCCAUCCAUUUCACAGAGGCAGAAUGGGCCCUGCUGAAUCUGGGACAAAGAGCUCUCUACAGGGAAGUCAUGCUGGAAAACUAUGGGAACGUGGCCUUUCUGGCAGAGGAUAAUCAGAGGAAUGCGGAGGGUGAGGAACUUCAUCAGGAAAUGCCAGAUAUAAUUAAAAAUGAAGACUUGAAAGAAAAUGUCAGCAAGCAAGGCAGAACUAAGAAAAAGAAAGGCAGCCAUAUGGUUGAGAAGAGAGAGGGAAUACAAUGUAAUAUAUAUUUUCCAAAGCACAGGAUAAUGAAGGCAAUUAAAUUCAUUCAGUGUGGAAAGUACUUCAGAAUUAGAUCACAGACCCUUGUGCCCCAAAGAAUACACAGAGGUGAGAAACCUUUUGAAUGCUCAGAGUGUGGAAAGAGAUUCAGUGAAAGGGGGAGUCUUCAAAAGCAUCGAAGAACCCAUACAAGGGAAAAGCCUUUUGAAUGCUCAGCGUGUAGAAAGAAAUUCAGUGAGAGGGGGAGUCUUCGAAAGCAUCAAAGAACCCACACAGGGGAGAAACCUUUUGAAUGCUUAGUGUGUGGAAAGAGAUUCAAUGAGAGGGGGAGUCUUCGAAAGCAUCAAAGAACCCACACAGGGGAGAAACCUUUUGAAUGCUUAAUGUGUCAAAAGAGAUUCAAUGAGAGGGGGAGUCUUCGAAAGCAUCAAAGAACCCACACAGGGGAGAAACCUUUUGAAUGCUCAGAGUGUGGAAUAAGAUUCAGUGAGAAGGGCACUCUUCAGAAGCAUAAAAGAAUCCACACAGGGGAGAAACCUUUUGAAUGUUCAGAGUGCGGAAAGAGAUUCAGUCGGAGUGGCAAUCUUCAACAGCAUCAAAGAACUCAUACAGGGGAAAAACCUUUUGAAUGCUCAAUGUGUGGAAAGAGAUUCAGUCAGAGAGGCAAUCUUCAACUGCAUCAAAGAACUCAUACAGGGGAGAAACCUUUUGAAUGCUCAGAUUGUGGAAAGAGAUUCCGUGGGACUAGCAUUCUUCAGCAGCAUCAGAGAAUCCACACAGGGGAGAGACCUUUUGAAUGCUCUGAGUGUGGAAAGAGAUUCAGUGAGAGGGGGAAAAUUCAAAGGCAUCAGAGAACCCACACAGGGGAGAAACCUUUUGAAUGUUCAGAGUGUGGAAAGAGAUUCAGUCAGAGUGGCAGUCUUCAAGAGCAUCAAAGAACCCAUACAGGAGAAAAACCUUUUGAAUGUUUGUGGUGUGGAAAGAGAUUCAGUCAGAGUGGCAAUCUUCAACAGCAUCAAAGAACCCACACAGGGGAGAAAUCUUUGGAAUGCUCAGAGUGUGGAAAGAGAUUCAGUGAGAGGGGGGGUCUUCAAAAGCAUCAGAUAACCCACACAGGGGAGAAACCUUUUGAAUGCUCAGAGUGUGGAAAGAGAUUCAGUAGAAGUGACAAUCUUCAGCAGCAUCAAAAAACCCACACUGGAUAAAAAGCUUUUGAAUGUUUGCUGCGUGGAAGAGAUUUCAGUGAGAGGGGGGAAAUUCAAAAGCAUGUCUUUUUUCAAUCCUGUAUAAAGUUCUGAAUAAAUCCUCUUGCAGACUCAUGAGACUCAAACCUGGGACCAUGAACUGAUCCCUAUGAUUGAACCCAACCCAGUUUGCCCCCUUUCACAAUGUGGUUCACGAGCCAGAGUGUUGGGUUAUUAUGAUUUGGUAGAUCUGGGUUUAAACCUGCAGUAGGCUCAGAAGUUCUUUGAUGCCAUUUAGCCUGUCAUGUUUUCAGGCUAGAAGACCUUGCAAGGUACUUUUAAGAAUUAAAUUUUUGGGGGGUGGGGAGGGCUUCUUCAAAGAGAUGUGUUUUAUAAGUGCAGAAAUCUCAGGGCUUCUGUAUUAAUUUAUUUCCAGCAAGAACUUAAUGGAUGUAUAUUACUUCCCCCCACCUCUUACAUAUUUCCCUUUCUUGAAAAACACCAUAACACCACCUCUUUUUAUACUUCUUUCUUCCCACCCCACAGCCAACUCAUAUUUUUCUGCCCUUCUGUCUUCAGCUUUCCCUCUCUCCCCCUCUGCAUCCUCUACCUAGGAAAACUCUGGCCAAGUUCUGUGAUGCCAGCCACUGGGACAAAAGGAAAAAAAGCCAUGAAGCUCUGUGUUUAAAUUACCCUCAUCCACUGAUGUGUUGAAUAAAGUAUUAUACAAAUAAAGAAA